CACCGUUCACCGCUUCAUUUUUCGCUCUGAAAUCGUGCGAGUCUUCUUUAGGGCGCUGGCACAAGGGUGGGGGUAUCGCCCGUGAACAAUCAGUUUAUUCUGCCCACCGUCUGGCAUCACCUCACACUUCCUCCCUCUAUUUUCUCGAAAAGGCGCCAGGGUGGUCAAACAUUUCCGGUGCUGAAUUUAUUUGUGGGUGUGGGUUCGGGGCUACGCGGGGGCCUGCUCACCUCCAGUUUGAAUUUCCUUGCUUGGACACUACACCACGCUGCUCCCAUCCCCUCGCACUCAGACGUACUCCAAUCUCAUCACCACCCUCCUCGAAACACCAGCAUCGCCCUCAUCGAACCCCUUAGCACCCCCCGCCCCUCAUCCCAAAGAUGUCCUUCCUAGCCCCCCUCCUCGACCGCGUCAAGCACCGCAAAACCCUCGCUCCGGCCCUCACUGCCACCCCGACCCGCCUCACCAUCGUCCCCGUCGAUAUGGCGGUCGCCGACUGGGCGCUUGUCGGCGCUAUCGUGCUUUUUGGUGUGGUGAUGGUGGCCCUGACGAGCAGGGAUCUGGUGUAUAGCGUUGCGGGGGGCGGGCUGUACGUGUAUUUGGCGUCGACGUUGAUCGUAGAUAAAUACAUAACAACCCUCGACAAACCCACGCAGGAAGUCACCGUCACAAAAACAACCCUCGGCUUCAUCCGCUACGUGCGCGUCGCUCCACUAGACGAACUCGUGUCCAUCGACCUCCUCCCUCUCCCCACCACCUCCGCCUCCACCCCCCCGCCAUCGCCAUCCAAAGCCCUCCACCGCCUCGAACUCGUCUUCAUGUCCUCCCACGGGUACUACCACCUCCCGCUGACAGAGACCUACGUCCGUGGGGAGGCCAACAAGCGCGCCUUGGAGGGGGUCGAGGGGGAGGUGAGGAAGUGGGCGGGGUUGAAGAAGGUGCCGGAGUGGAUGGGGGAGGAGGCGUUGGAGAGGAGUGCGAGGGAAGGGAGGGCGAAGAUGGGACCGGUGGGGCGAAGAGGCGGACGAAGAGGCGGGAUUGAGGGUUUGCGAGGUUUGAGUGAGUGUGUGAUUGGGGGCGUGCAACCGAUGAUUUCCUCACACUGCGUACAUGGGUAUGCUUUUUGUACAUAUAGCACGUACCAAAUAUUUAUUACGGGUACAUACACAUCUCCUUCCAGGCGCGGAUCAGACCGCCCCGGUCAGAAAUGAUGAAAAGAAUGCAUAGGAAAGGACGGAGGGGAGGGGGAGAGGAAAGGAUGGGGUGCGGGGUUUCGUGUAACCUCUUCCUCGAGUCGCGCCCGUAGUCCCGAUGCAUCCAGAGACCCGAA